CCGGGCUACGCGGGCAUGAGGCUCGGGCACGAUCCCCCUGGAGCAUUUGCCCCGCGAGGCGGCCGCAGGGCAGGAAGACGCGCAGCGGGAAGACAACAUGGCGGAGCCCGCCCCCCCUCAGGCCCCGCCCCCCGCAGCUCCCCUAGCAACGCCGCGGCCCGGGCUACGCGGGCAUGGGGCGGGGAAGGGGCGGGACUUCCGGCGCGGCUCGCCCUCCUCGGAAAUGACAUCAGAGUGUCAACAUGCAAGAUGGCGGCGCAUCAUCGGCAGAACACGGCGGGGCGGCGGAAAGUGCAGGUCUCCUAUGUGAUUAGAGAUGAGGUGGAGAAGUAUAACCGAAAUGGGGUGAAUGCACUUCAGCUGGAUCCAGCGUUAAAUAGACUCUUCACGGCAGGCCGAGACUCUAUUAUAAGGAUAUGGAGUGUCAAUCAGCACAAGCAAGACCCUUAUAUAGCAUCUAUGGAACAUCACACAGAUUGGGUAAAUGAUAUUGUGCUCUGCUGCAAUGGUAAAACAUUGAUAUCUGCUUCUUCAGAUACUACUGUUAAAGUCUGGAAUGCACAUAAGGGAUUUUGCAUGUCAACACUAAGGACACACAAGGAUUAUGUGAAAGCCUUAGCAUAUGCAAAAGAUAAAGAACUGGUAGCAUCUGCUGGGCUGGACAGACAGAUUUUCCUCUGGGAUGUAAAUACUCUAACAGCACUGACUGCCUCAAAUAACACCGUCACAACUUCUUCUCUGAGUGGGAACAAAGACUCUAUCUACAGCCUUGCAAUGAAUCAAAUGGGAACAGUAAUUGUGUCAGGGUCCACUGAAAAGGUUCUAAGGGUGUGGGAUCCAAGAACUUGUGCAAAACUAAUGAAACUCAAAGGGCACACGGACAAUGUAAAAGCUUUGUUGUUGAACAGAGAUGGCACACAGUGUCUUUCAGGCAGUUCUGAUGGGACUAUCCGCCUAUGGUCUCUUGGGCAACAGAGAUGUAUAGCCACAUAUCGAGUCCAUGAUGAAGGUGUUUGGGCUCUGCAGGUCAAUGAAGCCUUCACUCAUGUUUAUUCAGGAGGACGAGACAGGAAGAUUUAUUGUACAGAUUUACGAAAUCCUGAUAUCCGUGUGCUUAUCUGUGAAGAAAAGGCACCAGUUCUUAAGAUGGAACUUGAUAGAUCAGCUGAUCCUCCUCCAGCACUUUGGGUUGCAACAACUAAAUCCUCCGUGAAUAAAUGGACUUUGAAGGGAAUUCAUAAUUUUAGAGCAUCUGGGGACUAUGAUAAUGAUUGUACCAAUCCUAUACCACCCCUAUGUACACAGCCUGACCAAGUUAUAAAAGGGGGUGCUAGUAUUAUUCAGUGCCACAUUCUUAACGACAAGAGACACAUACUAACCAAAGACACAAAUAAUAAUGUGGCAUACUGGGAUGUCUUGAAGGCAUGUAAAGUUGAAGACCUUGGGAAAGUAGAUUUUGAAGAGGAAAUUAAGAAGAGAUUUAAAAUGGUGUAUGUGCCAAACUGGUUCUCAGUAGACUUAAAAACUGGGAUGCUGACAAUUACUUUGGAUGAAAGUGACUGCUUUGCAGCUUGGGUUUCAGCAAAGGAUGCUGGAUUUAGCAGUCCAGAUGGUUCUGAUCCAAAACUAAACCUUGGAGGGCUUCUACUACAAGCACUUCUAGAGUAUUGGCCUAGAACACAUAUCAAUCCAAUGGAUGAAGAAGAAAACGAAAUAAAUCAUGUGAAUGGUGAGCAGGAGAACAGAGUACAAAAAGGAAAUGGAUACUUUCAAGUGCCACCGCAUACACCAGUUAUUUUUGGUGAGGCUGGAGGACGCACUUUGUUCAGGUUAUUAUGUCGGGAUUCAGGUGGUGAAACUGAAUCUAUGCUUCUUAAUGAAACCGUGCCACAAUGGGUAAUUGACAUCACUGUGGAUAAAAAUAUGCCCAAAUUCAAUAAGAUUCCCUUCUACCUCCAACCUCAUUCAUCUUCAGGGGCAAAAACUCUAAAAAAAGAUCGACUGUCAGCGAGUGAUAUGCUUCAGGUGAGAAAAGUGAUGGAACACGUUUAUGAGAAAAUCAUAAACUUGGAUAAUGAGUCUCAGACAACUAGCUCUUCCAAUAAUGAAAAAGCAGGAGAACAAGAAAAAGAGGAAGACAUUGCUGUGUUAGCAGAAGAGAAGAUUGAACUUCUGUGCCAGGAUCAGGUUUUGGAUCCAAAUAUGGACCUUCGAACCGUAAAGCACUUCAUUUGGAAGAGUGGUGGUGAUCUGACGCUUCAUUAUCGCCAGAAGUCAACGUGAAGGGAGUGGUGGACUCAGAUGGUUACUCAUUUACUUGACCAUACUGUACUGGUUACAAGAGUAGUACUAUAGAAGCCCACUGAACCCCUAAGGUAGAUGAGACUUCUAAUGACUCAGUAUGGAUGGAAAGUAUACAUUUAAUUGAAGUGACUAAUAGAUCUGUAAUAUAGAGGAAAAAAAAUCUAUAUGACUUAAACUAAAGUCUGUCCUCGUCUCAGCCAAUGAGAUGGGAAGUCCCUGAGUGGUUCGUGUUGUGUGAGGUGUACAGAGAAUGGAUGAUAAUCCAGUGCAGACUUUUGCUUCCUCCUUUUUGCUUUUGUUUUUCCAGAACAUUAUAUCCUCAUCUGCUCAUGCUUGAUAUGAAACCAUGGCCAUACUAGUCGCUGUGUUCACGACAUAAUUCAGAACUGCACACAAGGUAUUUUCAGUACAUUCCAUUCAUAAAGUACCUACAGUGAUUUUUCACAGGCUACUCAAACAUUUCUGCCACUUAAAGAAAUUUGGAAAAAACACAACAGAAACAGCUUCUGCAUACUUGAAAGAACUGGCCCAUUUAAUUGUAAGUGAAGGGUUAAUAAUAGACUUGUUUUAGUACUGCAACUCAAAUGUUGCUUUAGAGAGCUAUUGACAUGCAGAAUGAGAACACUAGAUAAAUAUUGUAGCAGGGCCAGUCCAGUGAUGCUGUGCAUCAUAAUAGAGUAAACAUGCUUUGCAGCAACUUAAGAAAUUUUUUAAAAAUAUGUAUAACUACUUCCUGCACUGUGUCCUAGUUGUUCUAAAGACACGCUAGUCAGAAUUUCUGGUAACUGUGCUCUAAACUUAUGUGACAUUUUGUUAAAACUUCAGACCAUUCUGAAAAUAACUUCAUAUGUUUAAUGUUGAAUUUUAGAAACUCCACAGCAGGUUUCAUAUCCAUGAUAUAAAAAUACUUAUUCCUUUUUUUCCGAAGUUUUAUAUGAGGGUUUUUUGUUAUAGAUGUAUGCAGAUCUUCUUUUCACUGUUAUUUCUAAAAAUUUAUUGCUGUCAUAGGCUCAUAGUAGUCUUUUAUAGAGUUUAACUUAUUGGGGGGAGGGGGUAAAGGCAUUUCAACUUUUGGUGAGAAAAUGUGGGACUGUCCCAGAAAACCAUUUGUAUCCAGAAAAAAAUUACAAAUCCUCAUAAAGAAAUUGUGUAAAAAUGACUCUUGUCUGAAGCAGAAGCACAAGUGCCUUCAAAGGGCAGUAUAUUAUUUGAGUUUCUUCAGGAGACAUAUGCUCUUGCCCUUCCUGUAUCUUGCUAUCAAGAUUUAGGUUGAGGCCUAAAGAAAGUCCCAAUAGAUUAUAUUACUGGGAUUGUAUUGGUCAUACAAAAAGUAAAAUAUUUUUCAUUGUAUUUUAUUUGAAAAAUAUUUAAAUCAUUACCUUCUGCACUCCUAACCUAGCGAAACAAACUCAUUGCUUAAACGAGAAAAUAUGGUUCAGAAUUAAGCUAGCAUGUCUUUUUCCCGUCUUUUGGAAGAGUCAGUUUCAGUUUUUAAACCCCAUUUCUGUGUGUACUCAGUUUGACACAAUUGUGCUAUAAUGGCACAUUUUUAGUGAUAUUUGUGAAUUAAAUGGUUAAACAGAACUGUAACUUUUAUUGAUAAAUUGUCCUGACUUGUAUUUAUUAAUAGCAAGGGUCUAUGCUUUGUUCUAAUAGACACUUUUUUUUUCCUGAUUGUCUUGCUAUCCCUUUGUAUACAUUGUAAUUGCUCCCAGUUAUUUUGUCUGAAAUUGGCCAAGGUCUUAACUUUUCUUUUUUCUAACCAUCCCAAAAUUGCAGUUUCAGGAAAGAUUGACAGAAGAGUCUGCAAUGCCAGAAGGGUAAAUGAUCUGUUUCACAGUUGUAUAGAAUAAAAGGCUUUAGUUAAAAUA